CAGGUGUAAACAAACACACCUGGAGUCCAACCUUCAGGCUCGGACCCGGGGAGGGAAUGCUCGCUCGUUCGGCUCAGUUUCAGGGUGGACUGUACCAAUGUGAAUCCUAGGUGGAGGUGGAGGCGGAGCCAGAAAGAUAAACAAGACCAUUUUCUCCCGAUUUCGCGUGAGCAGUUUAGUUAAACCGGAGCGUCCACAAGGUGCACCGAAUACAACCCGUCACUUAUUUGCGUUCACAUUUAACGGUUCACUCGUAUUUGCUGUUGAUUUAUUUGAAGAGAACUUUUUCCAACACCCCUAAAAACUCCAUCGCUACAUCUUGCUUUUUUUUGAUUGACCGCUCCAUAUUUUUUUUUUUCUUCCUGUGUGCAGAAUUUUCCUCCUGCUGGAAAAAGGAUAAAACAACAACACUGGGGGAAAGGGAGGAAGAAGGCACAGCGGAAAAAUAAAAGAGGUGGAGGAAAAAGUGAAAUAACAGGAGACUGGGAAGACUGGAGGGACAGGUUUGGAAAGAGAGCAAGAAGACAAGUGGAGAACUAGACUUGCCAUAUAUUUUUUGAAGUCCCUGCUUUUGUGUGAAGAUUUUUUUUGUUUCCUCUCUGCUGGCUAAAGGAGGUGACACCAUGACAACAGAAAUGCAGGAGAUCGCCAUCACGGAGGAGAAGCCUUUACUCACGGGUCAGGCUGAAGCCAAGGAUGUUGAACUGGCUGCUCGGAUACUCCUGGACCAAGGACAGGAGCACAGUAUCGAGACCCCACACGGUGUUCUGCAUGUGACCCUCCACGGCACACGAACCACCCGUAGGCCCGCGAUCCUCACCUUCCAUGACGGGGGAAGAGAGAGUAAGAGCUGCUUCUCCCCUCUGUUCAAGUUCGAGGAGAUGCAGGAGAUUGUCAAGAACUUCACCCUGAUUCAUGUUGAUGCUCCGGGGCAGGAGGAGGGGGCUGCUGCGUACCCCUCAGGUUACCAGUAUCCCUCCAUGGACACCGUAGCAGAGAUGAUUCCUUCCGUGCUGCAGUUUUUCAACUUCCGUACUGUAAUCGGAGUGGGUGUGGGAGUGGGAGCGUACAUCCUCUCCAAGUUUGCGCUUGCAAACCCAGAUUCAGUGGAAGGUCUGGUUUUGGUCAACAUCGACACUAACGCCCGAGGAUGGAUCGACUGGGCUGCUCAGAAGCUAAUCUCCGUGACGUCCUCCCUCACAGAGCAGAUCAUGUCCCACCUUUUCAGUCAGGAGGAGCUGUCAGCCAGCACAGAUCUAGUGCAGUCUCACAGAGAGCGCAUCUCCAAAGCGUCUAAUCUGGUCAACAUAGAGCUCUUCUGGAAGACUUACAACAGUCGCAGGGACUUGAACAUUGACCGCAACAGCACCUUCAAGUGUCCAGUAAUGUUAGUGGUGGGCGAUCAGGCUCCAUAUGAGGAAGCUGCCGUGGAGUGCAACAGCAAAAUGGACCCAACAACAACCUCUUUCUUAAAGAUGGCUGAUGCUGGUGGUCUCCCUCAGCUGACCCAGCCUGCUAAACUGACUGAGGCUUUCAAAUAUUUUAUCCAGGGAAUGGGCUACAUGGCUUCAUCUUGCAUGACCCGCCUGUCCCGCUCCCGCACCACCUCCCUCUCCUCCUCCUACUCCAUGGAUGGGUCCCGCUCUCGCUCCCGCACCCUGUCGCAGGGCUCGCAGGGCGGCCAGAUGCCGCCCAGCCCCUCCCAGACGAUGGAGGUGUCUUGCUGAAGGAAAGAAAUGAUAGAGAGAGAGAGAGAGAGAGAGAGAGAGAGAGAGAGAGAGAGAGAGAGAGAGAGAGAGAGAGAGAGAGAGAGAGAGAGAGAGAAAGAGGGCAAUGGCGAAAGGCAGGGAAAGAUGAAGCACCACGAUAAUGUAGGAACAAGACGAAUGGGUUACUUAUUUGUCACUUAACAACUCCCAUCAUUCCCCAUAAGAGCAGAAUAGGACUAGAGGGAGGGUGAGGGAGGGAGGAAGAGAUUUCGGGGGAGUUUAUUUCCCACAUGUUGCACCGCAUUUUGCACCUCACAUCCCCCUUCCAGCUGAAAACAAAGUGGAUUGGGCUGUUCUACAAUGAAUAUAAGAAGUAUGGGCAAGAAGAGAUUAAUAAAAAAAGGGGGGAAGGUGGGGAAAGAAUGGCCACCAGUCCUCUCUCCCUCCCUAACCCGACAGGAGGCCUAUAGAGAACACACACUUGGCUAACACACGUUAACCAAUAGUAAUAAUUCUGAAAGUGGUAUUGCUGUUGAUGCUGAUGAUUAUGUUGUUGAUGACGAUAUUGAAGCUAAUGAUGAUGAUGUAAUAGAAAAAAACAGAGUUUAAAACGAAAAAACAAAACAAAAACAUACUAUAGCAGAGAUACUUAUAACAAUGUGUGACUUUUUAAGCUAGUUUCUAUUGUGUUAUUUUAAUUUCUUUGAUCUGAUUUUAUGUUCUCAUUUGUAACCUGCCUCAGCAAAUGGCCGAAGCUACUGAUUGGUUGACCCGUCAAGUGGCGACAAUUAGAGCCAUUAUAGUGACUACUUCCUCCUUGAUGUUGCCAGGUUGUUGUCUUCCAUUUGCUCCGUCUAUAAGUGACUGUUUUUGUUUUCCCCAUUGGAUUUAAGGAGUUGGGCAGGAAGCUAUUCUUUGUUUUCCUUUUUUUUUUUCUGGACUUGGAAGUUGCAUGCCUGGUAUCAGCCCACGUGAAUAUUGACUGGAUAAUAUUUUUCUUUUUAUAUUCUGCUAAUAAGUUGUGUGGAUUUGGGUGUGUGUGUGUGUGUGCUGUUUUGUUUCCUUGGAGUGUUUAGUGAACAUGGCGGUCUAAAGGUAAGAAUAGGUGAGACUGAGGGUGUUAGCUUUAGCUAUCUUCAACACUAGUCGCACACUAAAUGGUGCUUCCAUACAUAGCUGUCAGUCCAGCACUGUGUGUCCUAAUAUCCAUGCUUGUGAACUACUCAACAGGGAGCAUUACAUCGCUAAGUAGCAUGCUAGUAUGGGUAUUGCAUUUCAGUGUUAGGGUACGCCAGAAGGGAUCACUGUGUUUGUCAUCUUGCCCGUGCAUGGACACCUCCUAACAAACCCAGCUAGCAUACUUGAGUUUAAGUGCGAUGUGAGGUGUAAUGAACACAAGCUUCUCUCUAGCAUCAAGACGGUUUUGGUCAAGUAAACGGGGUCAAGAGAAUUGUGUUGUGUUUGUUUUGCGAUAUGUGUGUGUGUCCGAGGAAGUAAAUGUGAGUUGUUUUAGAAGCGCUUGUAUCCUGUAAGCACAAUUAAUGCAGCGAAGCGGUCCAGGGUCCUAUGGAAAAGUUAAGUCAUUUAAUUUUGAGACCCCCUGUGACUGACUUAUCAAUGACAAUGUACCAGCCCCUUCACUGCCAACACACUCAAAAGAAAAAGGGAUGUACAUUUUGCCACCGGGAGUCAAAAGAGGCAAAAUUAUUUAGCCUUUUUGUUUUUGCUUUAAGAGUGAAAAAUGACCAGCUAAUAUCUGCACUUUGAAACAACCAAUCUGGAAUUGCAGCUAAUAAGCAUUCUUACUGCCAAACCUAAGAGCACCAAAAUGCAGGGGUCAUAAUUCUGCCAUCAGAAAUGCUGUGAGCCUUCGACGUGUCCAACUUAAUCUAAAUCAAACACAAAGCUGACCACUGCCCUACGACAUGUAGCCAUUGGACUCACCGUACUUUUUAAAGGACCCGCUUUUGGACUCAGUCCGAUUUCCUUUUUGGAGCGCAUGUGCAUUUUUAGGCGUUGCACCUGUGUGCACGCGUUCAUGUUCUGAUGCAGCUUUGCAUCUUUUCUUUAAUAAUAGCAGUAUCGUUGUUCUGACUCAGUUGGAGGUUGCCUGUUUCUCAUGCUGUCUUGUGCUCCUUUCCCAAACUUGUUUUAUGAAGUAGAGUUUGAUGAUAGUGACAUGAAAGUCAGUGGAGGGUUGAUCUUUGAAUAGAUGGUACUUGGGAGAUAUUACUGAUGGUAGUGACGACAAUAAUCCGUUUCAUGUCACUUCCCCUGUGGCCCUUCACAUAGUGCAAUUCAAAACCAUCCUUUGAAACGCGAACAGCUGUUGCAUUUAAUAAGGCAAACACCAAUCUUAAUGUUUAGGUGACUUAUGGAAAAUGUGAUAUCAAACCAGAAUGCCGCCAUGUUUUAGGCACUGUUGUUGCUGUCCAGAGUGCUGAAGUGUAGAAUGUAAAUGCUCCUCCAAGACUUAAAUAACAGCUCAAGCAAUCGGGCAUGGGAGCGUCUACCAAAUAAAGUAAUGUGCUGAGCCUAGCAAAUGAAAUAGCCAAAUAAAGAAAAGGAGUGGUACUUAUUUGUGGAGAGUUGAGCAGGGCUGUGCGAUUGUAAAUGCUUGUCAAUUUUGUCUUUUGUUUGUCUUUUUUAAUUUGUACUUGGAUCAUGUUUUUCUUUCCCCUCUAUAUUUUGGGAUUUUUCUUUUUGUUUUGUUUUAUCUCUGAUGUGUUAGUUUACCGUCCUGAUGUGCUCACAAGUUAGUUAACCGUGUGAUAGUUCUUGUGUAACUUUUUUAGCAUUAGCACUGAUAAGGGAGAAUAAUAUAAUUAACAAUAAAAAAUGAUUAAAGGUAAAAAAGAAUACAAUCAAUUUUACUUGUGUGGCUUAUUUCUCUGUGUAACACAAUGAACAUCCUUAAAAAAAGCAAACUUAAAUAUGAAUAAAAGCUUAAGAGAAA